CGCAACUGCGGCCAAGUAUUGACGUAAAUACCGGUGGCUAAGAGAAGAUAUUUUUAUUUAUAAUUUUUCAGAAUCUUUCUGGCAUAUGUACGUUUUAUGAAACGUGAUACUUUGGGGAAAGCUUGAUGGGAACUAAAUGUAUUCUGAUUGCAUCACGAUUAUUGACUUGUUCAUAAAAAGAUUAGGAAAUAAAAUAAAAUUAUGAGUUGCUGAUGAGCGAGACAAUUAAAAAGCAAGAAAAUGUCGCUAUUGCAACAAUUUGCGGAUUUAUUGAGCCUGAUAACGAUAGGCAUGUGUUUCGUAUUGAAAAUUCCACAGAUAUUAAAAUUAGUUUCUGUGAAAUCAGCUGAUGAAAUGUCGAUGGUAGGAUUACUUUUAGAAUUAACAAGUUACACUGUAAUGACUAGUUAUAAUUAUACAAAUGGAUAUUCGUUGCUGUCUUACUUGGAAUAUCCAAUAAUAUUAGUCCAGGAAUAUAUACUGAUAUUCUUUGUAUUGAAAUAUUUGAGCAGGAUCAAUAUGUGGUCUUUCUUAUGUACCAUGAUAUAUUUUGCGUUAAGCAGCUGUUUGCUGCUGGGAAUUGUUCCAAAAGUUAUACUUACACUUUUAGCGCCAAUGUGUACACCGAUCUCAGCUUCCAGUAAAGUCGUCCAAUUACUAGCCAUACUUCGAGCUAAAAACGCAGAAUCAGUAUCGCUUCUCACUUGGUUUAUAUCCGCCUUUACUAACUUGACGAGAGUAUUCACAAUAUGGAUGGAUUCUGCCGAUAUAUUACUAUUGGGAAACUUUAUCAUAUCAGUCCUACUGAGUUCUAGUAUCAUGUUCUCCGCCCUUUAUUACAGAAGCCGUUCGUUGAAACAGGAUUAAAUGAAUAAUAGGAGAAUUAUACAUCUAGUCGUAACCGCAUGCUAUGAA